AUGUAUGGAUCCGUCGUUUGUGCCUGUGGCUUUGAUGAAAUCCCCGGCGGACUAGCCGAUGAUGGGGUAUCACAAAAUGGAGACCCUCGAGCAAUUCUGUCUCUUGGCAAUUUGUGCCCAGCUCUGCGCGAUUCUUCAGUAGAAGGCGGUGCGGGCUUUUAUGAAGGUACUCAGGCAUUAUUUGGUUACAUCAUUCACAUGGCGGCUGUAGUGGCCCACUUUGAGCCCGAGUGGUUGAAUACACGCCUUCGCAUCCUCAUGCCCACGGGCAUUGCAAAGCCAAAAAUUCACUAUCUCAUAUUGAAUCUCAUCCUGAAUAUCGCUGCUCCUGACUUCCUGGGACCUUAUUCUGAUCCUCUGGUCCGCAAGGCCUUGCAACGCGGCUUCACGCCAUACCGACACAAAGAUUGGUGGUAUAUGAAUUCAUACGACUCCGGAAUGCAUUAUGUUGAUUCCAAAGGCCCUUACUCGGUAAGCCCAAGUGAAACUACUUUUGCUUACUGGGCCAUCGCACAGUACGGGAAGGUCACAAAGGACAUGAGCCUCCACCGAUGGGGGGCUGUCUUGGCUGGGACGGAGCUCUAUGCGGGCAACGCAUUCUUCCGCGUGAAGGAAUGGAACUCCAUUUAUCCUCAUGCCUUGCGAUACCUGGGCGCCCUUGGUCGCGUACACGAGAGUGGAGCCUCCUUCGAAACAAUUGAGGGCGUGGAGCCAUAUAUGGUUUUUACGCGGCAGGUGUUGCCCAUAACGCCUCUCUCUGUAGAGCUGCUGGAGAGUGGCUGGUCUCUCUUUGUACAGAAGUUGUGGCAGCACUCCUGCACUAAGGAUAUGACGAAGUGCAUAGAGGAUUUUGGAGACAUUGCGCUGGCCCAUAUAAAUGUCUUCACUAUGAAGUGGACCCAGGGCCUACUAAAAACAAAGACACCUGGUACAGUCAACAAACAUGUCCUUUCAACAAACCACAUUCUGCGUGUUCACUUAUUGCAUUCGUGGCUGAUUGGCCUCUCCUACUCGUGCAUACAGCCAGAAGAAACUGAUGAACCAGAAGGGGAGGAACAGCUAAAACGGGAAAUCGUGCAUGCAACAAAACAAGUGACAAGAGUAGAUUGCUUCCAGAGGAAACAGUUCCAGUGCGGGCCAUUCACUCUCAGUAACGGCAUCUUCUUUGCAGCUAUUUCCCAAGCAGCUGGAGGAGCUCAGGGUAUUUUGGAGGCAGAAGAAGGAAAUGGAAGAUUUAGAGUCUAUUAG